AUGGCGGAGGCCGUCGUUGACCCCCCUCGCCGCCGCCACCGGCCCCGUGCUUCCCCCAACCCGCUCUUCACCCGCUGGCUCCGGGAGUGGCGGGAUGAGGCCACGGGGACGCGGGCAAAAGGCGUCUACGAGCGGGCCCUGCGCUCCCUCGCCCGGUACCCGCUGCGGCUCCGCUCCGGGCGGGCGGCCGCCAUCUUGAAGAACUUUGGCCCCGCCCUCUGCCGCCGGCUCGAUCUGCGCCUGCGCCAGCACCGCGCAGAGCAAGGCCACGCCCCCAGCCCCCCCGCAGAGAGGAGGAGCCCGGCGAGCCCCUUGGCUCCACCCACGCAUUGCCCCCCCCGUGAGUACCGGCCCCUCCCCCGCUCGGGGGCACGAGCGCUGCUGCUGACGCUGCACAAGAGCUCAGAGCCCCUCCCAGAGGCGGAGCUUCUGCAUCAGGCCCAGCCCCUCUGUGACCGCCCCCUGACCCUGGGAGCACCCAAGGGGGCCCUGGGCACCCUCCUGCGACGGGACCUGCUGCAGCGCAAUGGCCGCCCCCCCCGGUACUCCCUGACCCCACGUGGUCACAUCCUGGCCCAGCGAUUGGCUGCUGCUGCCUCAGAAGCCCCGCCCCCAUCCGAGGAGCAUCUCCCUCCUCCCUCCCCAUCGCCUGGCCCUGAUGUCGAGUUUGAGCUGAAACCUGGUGAAUUCGACAUCAUUCUCUGUGCUGACGUCACCGAGGCCAAUGGGCCGGUGCCGUCGCUGCUGCAGGGCCGCGUCCCAUUGAGCCUGCGGAGACUCCACGUGGGAGACUUCCUCUGGGUGGCCCGCGAGAGGGCCCCGCCCACAGGGCGCCCCCCAAGGGAGCUGGUGCUGGACGUGGUGGUGGAGCGGAAAUCGGCCUCGGACCUGGGGAGCAGCCUCAGCGAUGGGAGGU